UCAUCUCAAACGGAUACGGCUUCGGAGAUGGAAAUGGAGUCUACUUCCGGCCGCCGUACCGCCGUCGUCGAUUCAUGUAAACGAAAUAACUCGAAAAGAAGAAACUAUUCGGUCUUCGAAGUUCCGUCGAAUUUUUUUUAUUCCUGCCGUUUUGUUGAAUGGAUUUCAACCGGAACUGCUACGGAAAGUACUUUAGAUGAAAGAGAGACGGCGGCGGAGAAGAAGAAUUUCAGCUGUAGUGAGAGAUGGACGUGUAAUACUUGUAAUUCCAGUUUUGAAUCGCUUCAUGAUCAGCGGUCUCACUUCAAGUCCGAUUUUCAUCGAUUCAAUAUAAAGUUAAGCAUUGCUGAAAAGGAUACUGUUAAGGAGGAGGAUUUUGAUGAAUGGAUUUCCACUUCUUCUGUUAAAGAUUAUGAUACAUCAAGCAUAUCAGGUUCAGAAGAUGAAGAUGAAGAUGACAGAGAAUUUGGCCACCUUAGUGAUUUAACUAGGGGAUUGUUAGGAAGUAAGAAGCAGAAACUUUUUCUACAUCUACCAAAUGGAGAAUUGAUGUCAUUCUGGAAGUGUUUGCUUCUAGGUGACUCUGAGAAAGCUCUUCUUGAACAUGAUUUAUCUUGGUCCAUGAACGAUGAUGAUACGUCUUUUGUAACACUGAGGGAAGUGACUGAGAAACUGCUCAACGUGAUCCAUGAGCCUAGAGACAACACACAUUUCAGGGUUAUGUUGCUUGCUAGUGGUGGGCAUUUUGCUGGUUGUGUCUUCGAUGGAAACUCUGUUGUUGCCCACAAAACAUUCCACAGAUAUGUGACAAGGGCCAAGGCUGGCAAAAAGCAAUCAUCAGAAGAUGCUAGUGGCAAAAAUGCACAUUCUGCUGGAGCUUCAAUCCGUCGGCACAAUGAACUUGCCUUGAAGAAGGAUAUUCAAGAACUACUUGCUGCAUGGAAGCCAUAUAUUGAUGCCUCUGCUUGUAUUUUCAUCCAUGCUCCCUCACACAAUCGGCAACUGCUAUUCGAUGGUCAAAAUCCAUGCUUCAGUUGUCAGAGAAAUGUUAUCAGACGCAUCCCAUUGACAGUUCAGAGGCCAACAUUCAAGGAAGCUCAACGAUUAUAUAAGAUAUUGACACAAAUUUCCACUGAACCAUAUGAAGAGAUAGUGCCUAUUAUCAAAGAAAAAUCAACAAGUACGCCUGGCAAAGAUAAAUUGAGGAAUAAUCUGGACAAAAGGGAUGUUUCUGAAGAUAGUUUUGUUGAAAAAGUGGAAAUAGUUCAUAUGUUUUCACCUCUACAUGAAGCUGCGAAAGCUGGAAAUGCAGACAAAGUUUUGGAGCUACUGGAACAAGGUUUGGAUCCUUGUCUCAUAGAUGAAAGGGGGCGGACACCUUAUAGAAUUGCAGCAGGAAAGGAGGUUAGGAACUCAUUUAGACGUUUCAUGGCGUUGAACCUGGAUAAGUGGGAUUGGCAAGCUGCCAAAGUUCCCAGUCCAUUGACAAAAGAGAUGGAGGUAUCUCAGAAUGCUAAGCAGGCAAAGAAAGAUGCUAAAAGGAAAGCAAGAGCCAAAGAGGUGAAAUUGCUACGUGAAGCUAGAGAAAAGAAAGUUCAGGUGUUUAUUUCAUUAUCCUAG